GGGAGGCGUUGAAACAUCUCAGACGCAGGCGCGAGGAGUCUGGGAACCUUGUGAGAAAGUUACUGGGGGAGAACCGGGGUCUGAGGCAGGAGCUUGUCACCUCGGAAGAAAGCCUCCUGCGGGGAAUCCGGGCAGGAAUCCUGCACUGUAUUGCAGACCCGGGUCGCGUUCGAGCCCCUCACCCCCAACCUCCCAGUUCCCCGAGCCAUUUUGCCACCUGCGCUUUUGCACACCAGAGGAGAGAGCAGGAGGCAGCACAGGCAAGCGGGUGGCUAAACUUGGAAGGAGGAUGCUGACCGCCAGAGGGGUGACUCCCGGGCGCUGAGCCUCGAGCACCUCUUAAGGCAGCCAGCCCAAAGACCCCUCCCUUCCUGGACCAGGCAGCUGGGGCUGUAAACUAGCUGCGAUCGUGCCCUCCGGCUGAAGCCCGAGCUCCCCUGAGAAAGCCAGCGCGCUCCCCUCAGCAGCUCAGCAGCGGCAGCGCCCGAAGGGCCAGGCUAACAAGAGGAGGAAGGUCGGGUCAGGCGGGUAGCUGGGGGCGCUGAAGUGAACCCCAAGGGCUCUCUGGGGAGCCGCCACCGCUGCUGUUGCCGGCGGCAGCUCUAUCUUUCCGUCCUGGAGCUAUGGCUUGCGUAGGGUGCAGGGUGGCAGCUGGGCUCUGAGCGCUCUUCGCGCUCGCCUCUUCCCCUUUUGGACUCCACAACGGACUUCGUCUUUGGGCCAUGAAGACCUUCGCGAGAGCUGCUCCCCUUUGAGACCUAGCUCUCGCUCUUCUUCCUUUCUCUCAAUCCGCGUUUUGGCCUCAGGGUUUCCCUCCCCAUCUCCGACUGCUCUCGGCCGAGUGUGCCCAGUGAAGGCGCUCGCUCCGGGAUGGCGCCGCUGCCGCUGCCUCCUCCACGCCGGCUCCAGGGGCUCCUCCAAUCCCGGAAAGUUCACAGGAGGCGAGAGAUGCUGCUGCAUCAAGUUGGUUUCAUCUGCGGAGUCUUGUCCUUGGUGUGGUGUGCGACCAGUCUGCUCACCAGCCUCGGACAUGAAACAGCUUCCAAAGGCAAACAUCAAUUACCUGAAGUAUGGAGGAACAGAAGACUGAUGGCAUCAGUGAAUGGGACUCAGCCAGCCAAGAAUUGCACCGAUCCGGCAAUCCACGAGUUCCCCACAGAUUUGUUUUCCAAUAAGGAACGGCAGCACGGAGCAGUCUUGCUACACAUUCUUGGAGCACUUUAUAUGUUCUAUGCCUUGGCUAUAGUAUGUGAUGAUUUCUUUGUUCCAUCAUUGGAAAAAAUCUGCGAGAAACUACACCUGAGCGAAGAUGUUGCUGGAGCCACGUUUAUGGCAGCAGGAAGCUCGACACCGGAGCUCUUUGCUUCUGUCAUAGGUGUAUUCAUCACACAUGGAGAUGUAGGGGUUGGGACCAUCGUUGGCUCCGCUGUUUUCAACAUCUUGUGUAUAAUUGGAGUCUGUGGAAUAUUUGCAGGACAGGUGGUCAAUCUGACCUGGUGGGCAGUGUGCAGGGAUUCUGUAUAUUACACUCUAUCUGUCAUCGUUCUCAUCGCGUUCAUCUAUGAUGAGGAAAUUGUGUGGUGGGAAGGUCUGGUGCUCAUCAUUAUGUAUGCAUUUUAUAUACUUAUCAUGAAGUACAAUGUGAAGAUGCAAGCCUUUUUCACCAUCAAACAAAAAAACAUUGCCAAUGGAAACACAGUGAACAGUGAGCUGGAGGAUGGUAAUGAUUACUAUGACAUUAGCUAUGAUGAUCCUUCCGUGCCAUUGCUAUGGGAAGUGAAGGAGAAGCCACAGUAUGGCAAAAAUCCAGUGGUGAUGGUGGAUGAGAUCAUGAGCUCCAGUCCCCCGCAGUUCAGUUUCCCAGAGGCUGGAUUACGUAUAAUGAUCACUAAUAAAUUUGGGCCCAGGACCAGGCUACGGAUGGCAAGCAGGAUCAUCAUCAAUGAGCGCCAAAGACUGAUUAACUCUGCCAACGGUGUGAGUAAACCACUGCAAAACGGGAGGCAUGAGAAUAUAGAGAAUGGGAACAUACCAAUGGAGAACCAAGAGGAGCAACAAUCUCAGCAGCAGCAGCAGCAGCAACAACAGCAGCAACAACAGGAACAGACAGAGCCUGAGACGACAGAAACAGAUUUCCUCUCCCCCUUUUCCAUGCCAGAAGCACCCAUGGACCGAGCAAAGUGGAUCUUCACCUGGCCCCUGAUAUUCCUUUUGUUCAUCACCAUCCCAAAUUGCAGCAAACCACGCUGGGAGAAGUUUUUCAUGGUCACCUUUGUCUUCUCCACCCUCUGGAUUGCUGUGUUUUCCUAUUUAAUGGUGUGGCUGGUGACUAUUAUUGGAUACACACUUGGGAUCCCUGACGUUAUCAUGGGCAUUACUUUUCUGGCAGCGGGAACAAGUGUACCAGACUGCAUGGCCAGCUUAAUUGUGGCCAGACAAGGCCUUGGAGACAUGGCAGUAUCUAAUACCAUAGGAAGCAAUGUAUUCGACAUCCUUGUAGGACUGGGAAUACCAUGGGGACUGCAAACUAUGGUCAUUAAUUAUGGAUCAACUGUAAAGAUAAACAGCAAGGGGCUGGUCUAUUCAGUUGUGCUAUUACUGGGAUCUGUUGCUCUUACUGUGCUUGGUAUCCAUCUAAAUAAAUGGAGACUUGACAAGAAACUUGGCAUCUACGUGUUGGUGCUCUAUGCCAUUUUCUUGUGCUUCUCGAUAAUGAUAGAGUUUAACGUCUUUACUUUCGUCAACUUGCCAAUGUGCCGAGAAGAUGAUUAAAGUAAAGCCACAGCCGCUGGGAGGGAGAGUGAGCUGUCUUUGGGCCCUUAUGAAGAGGGCAUUUAACUUCUCUGUCUUUCCAUCCCAAAAUACGAGAGUCUUUCCUCCAUCACCAGCUAGCGGUCCACCCUUUCACUUGCUGGAAAGAAGAGCAAAUGAUGACCUUUGGUGGGUGGCAGGAACUUAAAGCCUGGGAGGCAGCAUUUCUCUCCUCUGGAGUUUCUCUUUCAAGGUCGUAUAAUAUGGAGGAAAAGAAAAAAAAAGGAGUCUCCCAAAACACUGAGCCACAGGGUCAAGGAAGGGUAGUUACAGUCUCCUUUUGCACACUACAAUGAGUGAGACUAGCGUGUGCCCCUUCCCUUCCACCCCUGCGAUCCCCAACACCCAGCAUUUGUCUUUCCCUGCCUGGCACUCAUGCUUUUGGAAAUAAAGCAGCCUAGUAAGUCGGAACUCUCCUUGGCUGCAUUCAGAGUAGAAACACUGCUCUCAAAUUUAACCGCUGGCCUGGGAAGCCAAAUUACAUGACAUGGCAUGCACUGUUGAAAACUUCCCCUGGAAAGGCUUGAUUUUUUUGGAGGCCUGUGUCAUCGGCAUGUUGGAGCAUUCAGCGAUGACACUGAAUAUGCCGCCACUUGUCUUGAAACCUUUGAAGAAUAUGCACAAUUCUUAGAGUGGAAGAUGGAAAAGUGGCGACUGCCAUCACCUAUGAUGAUGCACUUGGAGCUUGAUCUACGAAAUAUUCAAAAACAAAGCAACACCUGUGCAGAUAAUCCCGAUGGAAAAUGUUAUGCUAUCUAAAAGGAACAUGGUAGAAAAUGGAAAAAGUCAUGCUUGUGGGAAAGCAAACCUAGAUGUAACAUUUUCACUGGCACUAAAAAUUUAAACUUAGAGAUAGAGAAGAUGGUAAAAAUAACUUAAAAAUCUAAUUGGGUGCUAACUCAGUAAUACAAUGGAAAUUGUCAUGAAUAGUUUAAAAAUGUGUUUCUUCCAUAAACACACUCUGCAUCUUCUAGAUGACAAAUUGCAACAUCAAUUUGGUUUUAUCAUCCAUUAUUCACAUUCUACUCUUGAAACUAGGCCAUUUGUCAAAACAGUUGUUGAGAUACUCCACCAAUUUAUGAUGUAAUCACCAUGCCAGGUAAAGCAGUGCCAUGAUUAGUGAACAAUGACAAGGAUAGAGAUGUCCCCUUCAUCUCUUUAGGUAAAGGCAACUCUUAAAACCAUAAUUUCAAGACACAAAGCUACUCCAACCUCAUGGUUUAUUUUAUGUGAGAUGCCAGAGAUGGUUUAUCAAUUCAAAAUAGAUUCAACAGUAUAGUUAACAUUUUUUUAAAAACUGCUAUGUAGCUCUGAAAUACUUAUUUAAAAGAUUUAUUAAAAUAAACCAUUUGAGCUUUCUUAAAAAAGAGCACAAUUAAUUUUCUACAUAGAUUUUUUUUAUUUUUUUAAUGUUUAUAUAGCAAAAGUCUAUAUAAGAUGACUAAAUAUUUGAUGCAUUUUUAAUAUUUAAAUAUUUUACAAUUAACAGUAUAUAGGAACCACCCAUGAUGAUUUCAAGAAAAUCAUAUGUUUAAAAACCCACAAAGAAACAGCCCUCAAUUAGUGAGAAAAAGAGUGAGUUCACAUCAACUAGGGAAUUCCUGAAGACUUUGAUUGCUCUAAUCUAUAUACUAUUCUUAAGUUGGUUUGGGGUUUUUGGGGGGGGAAGAAGGGGGUUCUAGUUAAAGGCAUGACCACAUUUUCCUGCACCUCUUCUGAAUUUCAUUAGCCUGAAUCUUCACAGGAAGAAGCAUUUGUGUGUUUCUCUCAUCAAUUCCGUUUAGCCUGCAUGAGUCUAAGAAGGGAAGGACUGAUGCAUUAUCCUGUUCUCCCUUCUGAUUCUAAGUCAGUAUUAGUAGUCAGACCAAGAGGAAGCUUUAGGAGCCAUGGUAGCUAGACACUGGACCAUCCAAUCCAUAGGUUGACCAGAAGGCUGUGUAAAUAAAUCAGUGUAUACUUCUGGAGGCUGGGAAUUUUAGGGAGUUGAAGACGUCUUCCCUGUGGUAGAUGGCAAAAACAUAGACUAACUUUCUCAGAAUAGGGAAAACAUGUAUAAUUUUAACUUAUGGCUUGGUUCCUGUGGGAAUAAACCCUUGUUUAUUCAGGUUUCAGUGGAACUUCAUCAAAUGCUUAAGUGACCGAUGGUCUCUUGAGGUCACAUCCUACCAUUGUUCCUCAUUCAAAGACUUUGCUGAGGACCACAAUAGAUUUGUAGCAAAAUGUCAGAAUAAAACCCAGGCUACAUAGUCCCAGCCAAGAGGAGCAAUGUGUUGAUACGGAAAAAAUGUUAUACUGGGGCAAUGUAAAGAAUUCUAGAUUUAGAGUUAGCAAGCCUGGGUUCUGUGUUGACUUGCUGUGUGAUCUUGGGCAAAUCACUCCCACUCUGGACCUAAAUGACCUCAUCCACCAAAUGAGGAAGCAGAACUCCAUAAUCUCAGAGGUUAAUUCUAGUUCUUACAUUCUGUGUUAUAGAACUUACUUGUCACACACGACCAUCCAAUUACUCUUAUGAAGCUUAAUUAUAAGGAAAUUCUCAUUAUAAUUUUCCUUAGAAAAAUAAUUUUAAGGUUGUGGGUGUUUUUUUUUGAGUAGUCUAUUAUCAUGAUCCUUUUAAAACUAUAAUUGUAAGUACACUACAGCUUCCAAUAGAAAAUAACAAAUGUUUUUAAUUUAUGAAAUCCAUGUGUAUAGUUUUCUUUUUAAUUCACUGUGCCAAUGGAACUCUCUUAAAGCCUAUAAACAUUUUUUUGGACACAGGUAUACAUAUACUUUAGGUGAACAUAUAAUUUUUAAACUGAAGCAGAAAUUAGGCCCCAGAGCAAUAAACAUCAAAUGCAAAUUUGAAAGAAUUAUUUGAAUAAUUAGGAUUUUAUUUUUUAAGACCUUUUUUACCCUACUUUUAUUCCCAGAGCCAAUUAGCACAUGGAAAUGUCUAUUCUGUGGAGAUGGAAAAUUAAAGCUAUGUAGAUUUUGAAUCUUAAGGAAGAAAAAUCACUAAUUUUAAUAGUAUUGAAGUUGCCUCUAUUAUAGCUAUCUGGUUGUUCCUUUCACCUCCAUUGUCCUGUAUAAAUUGGAUCAGAGUCAUUUGGAUGAUCCAUCCUAGUUCUGCUUUUUAUUUCCUGAGUCACCUUUACCUCUCUGGAUCUCAGUUUUCUGACCUGUAAAACCAGGUAGUUGAACUUGGCUAAAAGUUCGUACCAACUCUUAAGUCAGACUGGGUUUCCCAUUCUUGCUGGAGUGAGUUAUGGAGUGGAUGGUAAAGAAAGGUUCAGGUACCUGUCCCAGAAGUGAGUUCUGAACCAGAAGCAAUAGGCAAAGUUUUCUUUCUUGACUGAGUUAACACCAACUCUGUUUUCUGUCAUCAUCCUAUAGUGAUCAGUCUUCCCCAAAGAAUGCCUGAUCAGUCUUGGUCUUGCCUUAUCUAUUUUCCUGGUGAAACUUCCUUCUUCUGUCUUCCAUUCUGAUUGAACUUGUUUGGGGUCCGCCAUGAUGUUGCAUGGCUCUUGGCAUACUUGUUGAUUGAGAGGCUUGAGGAUGCUGGGUCACUUGAGCUCAGGAAUUCUGAGCAGCAGUGGGUUGAAGCUAGUAGGUGUCUGCACUAUUUGGCAUAAUAGGAAGGAGAGGAAGAAGGAAUGUUAGAUUUAUCUAAGCAAGGUUAGGGUUAGAAAAAGAAACUGAAUAAACCAUUAAUGAAUUCCCUAAGAAAAAAACCCCAGGGCCAGAUGGAUUCACAAGUGAAUUCUAUCAAAUAUUUAAGGAACAAUGAAUCCCCAUACUAUAUAAACUAUUUGGCAAAAUAAGCAAAGAAGGAGGCCUACCAAAAUUUUUGUGGUGUUGAUAUCAAAGUCAGGAAGACCAAAAACAGAAAAAGAAAAUUAUAGACCAAUUUCCUUUAUGAAUAUUGAUGAAAAAUUAUUAAAUAAAAUACUAUCAAAGAGACUACAGCAAUAUAUCACAAGGAUUAUUCAUUAUGACUAGAUAGAAUUUAUACCAGGAAUCCAACCUGGUCAAGGGAAGGAAACAUGGUCUUAAAAAAGAGAGAGAGAGAGAGAGAGAGAGAGAGACAGAGACAAAGUUGUUUGGUUAAUUUGUGUUGUUAUUACCAUUGUUUCCUUUCAUUUCUCUUUGUGUUGUUCUCAGAUCUCAAAUAGCAGACAGAAUGUUAAGUAAUAAUUAAACAUGCUCACUUGACCAAAAAAGAGUCCACUGUGGUUCAGUGGCAAGAUCCUUGAAUUUAUAGGUAGAGGAUCUGGGUUCAAAUUCAGGCCUUACCGCUUGCUUGCUACAUCUGUAAUCUUAGGUAUGCCUCUACAACUCUUUGGGCCUCUGGUCUUCCUCUUUAAAAUGAAGAAGUUCAAUUAAAUGGCUUUGAAAGUUCCUUCCAGCUCAAAAUCAAUGAUCCUAAAUUUGUCUUUCAUUAUCAAACUCCUCAGAGAUACAGAAUCUACAUCAUUAUUUGAAUAAUUUCUUAGUAAGCACAUUUAGCUAGGAGAUGUGAAUUCUGCCAGAAUUCUGAUUUUUGUGCUCUCUAGGCCUAGAUACUAAGGAAAGAUUUAGGAUCUGCAAGCAGCAGAUUCAUUUCCCUUUUGUGACAAUAAUUUAUGACAAUAUGCAAGGAAAGAGGAAGAAUGACUGGAGCUGUAUCCUUAAUGCCCAAAGUUUGGAUUUCCUGGGGAAAAACUUAUUAUUUCAGAUAUGGUAGGAUUGAGAAUCAUUCACAAGGGGUCCUUCCUUGCUUCCGACUUGCUGCUUGUCCUUGGUACUUGUUUCAUUCCAAAGAGUGAGUUUGAUAGUGGUGGUGAUACACAACUUCCAGAAACAGUGAGCUCCAUAGCACAAACUGAUGGUCUAAAAGAGUGAAUGAAUCUUCCUUCCCACCCUAGUUCAGGAAAGAAUCUGGCACCUUUAAAGAUCUUUUUGAAGUGAAUCUACUCUUGUUCUGACUAUUCUUCUGUGUGCAUGAAGUUUGUGUUAUUUAAUUAAGUGAAAUUGCAGAGGAUCCAUUUCUCCAUUUUUUCCCAUGUUCCCUCAGCUGUUCUCUGUUCAUCAUUUCUUUUUUUAAACCCUCACCUUCCACCUCAGACUCAAUACUCAGUAUCAGUUCGAAGACAGAAGAAUGGAAAGGGCUGGACAAUUAAGAUCAAGUGCUUUGUCCAGGGUCACACAACUGGGAAGUGUCCGAAGCCAGAUUUGAACCCAAGAAGACCACCCGUCUCUAGUCUCUCAAUCCACUGAAAGCUGCCCCUGUUCAUCAUUCCUUAAUCAGAGCAGGGAAUGAGAAUGUAACUAAACACUGGAAGAAAGAUGCACACUUUUCUACAUUUCAUAUAGCUUAGAAGUAAGAUAAUUAAUAGUAUUCAGGAAGGAGACACUUAAAUGCUUGUGGAAAGUCUUAAAGAAGCAUCAGCAGAGUGAAGAAAAUACUGAAUUUGGAAUUAGAAGAUUUGAGUUUGAAUCUUGGUUCUUCUAAUUGCUAACCAUAAUUUAAUGUGAUUUAAUCACUCUGCUUCAGUUUCCUCAUCUUUAAGGAUGAAGGUAUUGAACUAUACGACCUGUAAAGUCUCUUGUAAUUCCAAACCUACAAUCUUAAUAAAUGACCUUUUUGUCUGAUAGGAUCAGAAAUCUGCUGGGAUUCCAAGCAUCUUUCUUCUUCUUCCCAAUAUAUCCAUGAGUAUAUCUAAAACCACUGGAGCUCAUCCCUAAUAAACAUUAGCCUACUCAUCAGAGUAAAGUUUGCAGAUAUAUUCCAAGUACCUUACUGAGUUAUUGCCACAGCCACUCCAAUCCUACAGGUCUUCCCACCUCAUACCUACCAUUUCCAGGAUCAUUGUGCUCCCCACUGAACCUAUGCUCAUCUGAAAAGCAUCUCCUCAAAGUUCCUGCCUCGAGGAACUUAAGAAUCCGGGAUUUCAUUCCAGCCAAGAGGAUCCUAGAACUUAGAAAUGGAAAGGACCUUGGAAAACCUGGUAUCCAAAAGGAAGCUGAGCUCUGGAGGCGAUAAAUGAUAUAGCCAAGAUUCCAACCCAGGUCCCUUGACUCUCCAUCUAGCACUCAUUCAACUUUAACAUGUGUGUUUUCUGUUCUUCUCAGUCAACCAUGCAAGUCCCUCUCUGUGGAGAGAUUUGGUUAGCAGCUUCCUCAAAACUAUAAGAAGGGGCCUCUCCAAAACCACUCAUUUUGAAUAAUCUUUUCCAAAUGUCUGUGAUGCAGCCAGUACUGGAGUGAGAAGAGAUGAGUUUGCUCCACAUCCAUUUCAAUUCUUGUAUUCAGUGAAAACAAGCUUAAGUAGCUUGUCAUCGAUGUCCUUUUUUGCUUAAUAAAAACAAUUUCUUGUCAUCAAAAAUAAGCUUCCAAGUUAGAUAACAAAACACUCGGUCGCCAUGUUUUGUUUGGCGUGAGGAUUGUUUGUCAAAAAGACACAUUCAUUAACCAGGACCCCAAUCUAACAAGAAAUUUUGGUUUAGUGGUGGGUAAUUUGUUUAUAAAAAACACCACACUUUGGCUUGGACUUCAAGCCAAAGAAUUAUGGUUCAAAUCUUGGCUUUCCUGUUUGUCUAUGUAGUAAUGUAAUUUCUCUUCAGGCCUCAGUUUUCUCAUUCCUGAAAUGAAGGGAUUCAGAAGCUCUUAGAUUUAGAGCUGAAGUCCAGUCUCUUCAUUUUAUGCAUCAGAAACCUGAGCCCAAAAGGAACAGGUUAAGUGACUUAAUGAAAGAUAUGAAGGGAUAGUGAGAGAGAGGUGAGAUGUGACCCUAGGUCCUCUGACUGACCCUUGUGCUCUUCCCAUUUCACCAACUGUCCCUUCCCAAAGUAAAUCUUCUAAUUAACUAAGUCUAAAUGGAAAGGCUCAUUUUACAUUAAGAUUGGGAAAUGCUAGAAGUCAUGGUAACCUGGCCAUCAUGCUGCUCUCAGACACAGAGGAAUUAUGCUUCAAUGUACAGCUUAGAGGAAUAAGCAUUUUCAUCUUGAUACAGCCAUCAUUCAUUGGCCAUUCUUCACUGUUGCCAUUUUGUUGCCCUCCUCACAAAAGAGAGAGCUACAUGGUGUUGAUGAUCAGACUGUCUUCAUGAGGUCAUGUGUUUGAGAGAACUUUAGCACUUAAGGGAUCCAUAAUUCCAUAAAUUUGGAGAAUCACACAAAUCUGGUCUUCCUGAGUUCUAGGUCUGCAAAGUUUGUGUAGUGGCCAACCAUCUCCUGAGGAGCAUCUCCGAAUUUAGCCAGGCUGCUUCUUGAGUGAUAGAUAGGCAGUCCAUUGCCAGGCUUAUCCGUGAAGUUUUCCUAGCUCAGUAAGACCUACCAGAACUAGUGCUUUGUUGGCAUGACCCUCAAUGGGUCUACCCACUUUAAAGAAACAUGGGAUUGUUGUAUCUGGAGUUGCAAAAGAGCUUAGACGUCAUCUAGUCCUUCUCCACCUAUUUUCCAGAUGAGGAAAUUGAGGCUAAGAGAGGUAAAGAGAAAUGCACAAGGUCACACAGAUAUGAAGUAGCAGAACCAGGAUUCAAACACAAGCCCCCUAAGUCCAGAUCCAGCACUUCAGUUAAAGACUUUAGGGAAGGUCUAAAAAAAAAACAAACCUUACUUUUCACCAAAAAAUAUCUGAAUCUUGGCAAUUUUGUUUUUAAUGAUAUGUUGCACUCCUUUCAUGCCUCCUGUGGAUUCUUUCUUCAUUGCACAUGCCUCUGCCACAAGCUCGUAGCUAUGGCUUAUUACAGUAUACUCCUUUCAGCUUCCUGUGCUUCUGAAGUAUUUUGUUUAUGUGUAGCAUUAGUGUCCAUCAUGGGUUAAUCUGAGAUUUUGCUCAACUUCUUCCUCAGUUCUCUAGGUAGUAGUUGCCAUUGGGGGAAAGAAAUGCUUGAUUAGCCCAAAUGUUGAGAGAAAAACAAACUUUUAGGAAAAUUAAAAAUACUUUGCCCAUGGGAAAUUAAGGAACUCAACAGAGUUAAAAUUCUGGAAUCAUCUGCUCUUUAUUCAGACUGAUAAUCUCUCAGUUUAAUCUAUACACAAUGUUAUUGUUUGCCAGAAUUUCUACAUAGUUUCUUUAUUAGCUCCAUUGGCCAGGACUUUUUCAGUGAUGAAUCAAGAAGGUAAAUGACUCUAGAAAAUUCAUUUUUAAAAAAAGGAAAAUAUUUGCAAUUUGUUGUUGGGAUUUUUUUUUUAUUAUCCACAUGAGAUUUUGCUGGGUUUAUCUUUAUCCCCCAAAGGAAACAUCAUUCCAAUAGUCAAUAAAGACUUAGCUUUCCUAGUCACUAACCCAGAUCCAUGUUUUUUCCUUACAGCAGGGAGGAACAAAACCAUCUGACAUCCUGUGACCUUGAGCUCUGUCAUCAUGUCACAUCAUAGAUUUAAAGCUUGGAAAAACCUUAGAAGCCAUCAACUCCAAACCCCUCAUUCUACGGAUGAGGAAACAAGCCAAGAGAGAUAAAAGAGACUUGCCCAAGAGUACCCGGGUAGUAACAGAGGCAGGGUUUGAACCCAGGUCCUCUGACUUUUAAAAAAAAAUUAGUGGUAUCAUUAAAGUAAUUUCAAGUAAUUCAUUUUAUCUCUCAGCGCCUCUGUUUUUUCUUCUGUAAAAUGAUGGAAUUAGACUAGAUAACCUCCUCUAACUCUAAGUCAACAAAGCUUUCCCACAAUAGAAGGUUCCAAAAGUUUUGAAGUCCAGAACAUCUUUAACACUUACCUUUUACUUCCCCCUAUAGUGCAAGGAGAUCAGAAAGCAAUUGCUAAUCACAAUGGCAGGAUUUCUCUUUCCUCCUCACCCCACUUUUCCUCCAAACAAAACUAUGGUAUCUUGUAGGAAUGGAAGCUCAAAAAAACUGCCGUACUAAGCUGAGUUGGGGUGUGUGUGUUGGGGGAGAAAAUGGAAGCAUAUAGUUCCAUUGAAUGGACCAUUUGUUUUCCAUGCUGUUUCAGAGAUGCUGCUGGACCUUGAAUGCAGAGCACUUUGGGGGGGGACAAAGAGGGGAAAUAGAGUCACUUUCUGAGUCUCCUAACAAUUGCCAAAGUGGAAUUGUUACUCAGCUUUUUAGAGAACAAAAAAAUUAGAUUCUUGAUGACCUUAAGAAGAUGGUCUUCCAGAUGUGGCAGCUCCUGGGCAUUAGGGGCAGAAUCCAAAGAAAUAAAGUUUGGCAAAUGUCUAAAAUUCAGGCACAGAUGGUCCCCAGGAGGGGCUCCCCUUACCACUCCAGACCUAAGGACUUGAGGAGCAGGGAACCACUGGGUACCAUAAAUGGUCUGAGCCUAUGCAGAAACCCACUGAUUUACCAAGUAGCAAUUAUGUGGCAUGACAUGUUUGGAUUCCACUGAGUACCAAGGAUACAGCUCUUUCCAGAAUGUGUUCAUCAUCAGGAAAGAACCUUUUGUAAAAAUACAACUUCGGAAGCCACUACCCAUCUUUUUGUGGGGUUCAUCCAGGCCCUUCCAUCUGACACACUGGACUGGACUCAAGUGCAAAAUCUCUUUAAUAAUAGGCUGGGGACAAUGAGUUGGGAAAUGGAAAAUGACAUAAAUGCAUUAUGUUAUUUAUUUUUUCAAUGACUGUGACCUUCUGCACUGUGAGUACUCUGUGAUAUGGGGUCCUUAGUUUAAAAAAAUUGUCAUUAAAUCUGAAUGAAUUAAUGUUCUUGAUUUUAAGACAUUGGCAUGAUUUUCUGAUUAUUUUUAUUGUGAAGAAAAAAGUAUAGAAUAAAUAUGAAUUAAGCCUUUCUAAGACAUCUAGCAAUCAGUAUUGUAAUGCAAUAGCUAUAUCAAAAAUCUGUGCACUCUCAAUAAAAUGAAUGAGCACAA